AUGAAGGAACAUCACGGUGGAUUAAGACACAUGUUUAAGAAGGAGUUGUCUCCUGCUAGUUCAAACGCUUCAUCUUCUGACCCCAAUGCAUCUCAUUCCAAAAUAUCAAAGUUGUUCCAUCACCACAAAGAUAAAGAUGAGUCAAGCACACCAGCUUCAUCGAGAAAUACGUCUCCGCAUGGCAAACACGCCCUUCCCGCAUCAACAGCAGCCUCGCCAGCCAUUGGCGAUGGACCCAAGAGAACGUCUUCGAUGCUUUCUUUAAGACGCAGAAACACCAAUCCUUUAAACUCAAGCACAAGUGGGAGGGAUAGAGCCACUUCUGAAUUGCAACAUCCAAAACCACAACAUGCUUCAGCAGCUACUCCCAAUAAGAGAUUGACUAAAGCAGAAACUUUAGCUCACUUGCAGCAGAUUGACACUAGGAAUAAGGCCACACAACAAAUUAGAAGUAGUAGGGUGCCAUCAGCUCAUAACUUGCCUAAUCAGUCCCCCGUGCAUGAAAAUCAUGAAAAAAUUGUCUACAAUCCGUACGGAAUGAUCAAGACGCCAUCACAAGAGCCAAAAAGAAACACUAGUUUCUAUCUUUCUGGCAACCAUGAUGGUGAAAGGACUGUGGCUAACCCAGUAGCUAAUCCCAAUGAUUAUCUUCCCCCAGAUUUACAACAACCACACGUAAAUUUAUUGGAAGACUUUGAAAUUGAUGUUAGUAACAAGAAAUUAGGUGAUGGUGGCUCUUCAGAUGUUCGUAUAAUCAAUUCUCGUCACAACAAACGUCAAUUGUUUGCAUUAAAAAAGUUUACCAUGUUGAGCAAGGAAACCGAUGAAGAGUUUUAUCAACGAGUACUGAAGGAAUACAUUAUACAAAAGAAAUGUUCCAAAUCGAGACAUGUGGCUGAUGUCUUGGCAAUACUACGUAUCCAAAGCCAAGCAAAUUUGACUCGUGGCUGGGGUGUUGUUAUGGAAUUUUGCAAUGGUGGUGAUUUGUUUUCCCUCAUUGUUCGACCUGGAUGGAAAAAGACGCCGUUGAAUGAGAAAUUCUGUUUGUUUAAACAAAUCGCGUAUGGGUUGAAAUUCAUUCAUGAAUGUGAUGUUGCUCAUCGUGAUUUAAAACCGGAAAAUGUGUUACUUGAUAGCAAUGGUCUUGCCAAAUUGUGUGAUUUUGGAGUUAGUACUUACCAGCAUGAAACUCCAGGUGAUUUCAAUAGUUCUGUUAGAUUGUCUACAUCCUAUGUUGGGUCUCCACCAUAUUCGCCACCUGAAGUUAUGCUUUUGAAAGACAAAUCUACAGCAGAAGCCAAGAACUUUGCCUAUAAUAUGUUUAAAUCGGAUCAUUGGGCAUUGGGAAUGCUUUUGUUUUGUCUUGUUUACGGUGGUGUUCCAUUCCAACAGGCAACUCCCUUGGAUCAUGCCUAUAGGGACUAUGCAUUCAACCACAAGAGGUUUUGUAGCGACCAUCAAAAUUUCAAACAUAACAAAGGGUUUAAUAAGGGGCCUGGAGUUGAAUUUAAAAUGGCGGCUAAAUUUGAAAAUACAGGUGCAUCAAGAGUUGCUUGGAAGUUGUGUGAUCCAUCAGUUGAUACCAGAUAUGAUUUGGAGUUGUUGUUUGAAGAUCCUUGGUUCCAAGGGGUUGAAAUGUGUAUUUAUGAAGACCCUGAUCAAGAGGUGAAUCCAUUUGUGUUGCCAGGAACAGGAGAAAACCCUGGUUCAGGAGCAUCAUCUGGCUAUAAUUCACAAGCACCAUCAAGAAAAGGAACCUUUGUUAGACAUAAUAACGUUAAUGGAAAUGUCAAUGGAGAUGGAUAUACAAGUCAUGAUGAAAACAAUCUAAGUGGAUCAUUCCGAAGUAUGUUGGAUUUGAAUGAUGUGUCGGAUAGAAUCAACAAUGGUAAAAAAAAUGUGUCGUCAAGCAACGCUUCUCUUCAUUCAAAUGAGAAUGUUUUGCCACGUACUAGAUCAAUGCUUGAUUUUGACCAACCAUCACCCGGCCCACAACAACAGCAGCAACAGCAACACCCACAACAACAAUCGUCACCUUCGACUUCGUCUCCACAGCAACAAUCACAACCGUCAUUUACUUCAGAGCAUUCAUUGACCAAUGGCAAUCUACCGGCUUUGGAAGAAAGUGACAUUGAGCAUGAACCGGAGACUGACGCAGCUAAAAAACAAGACCAACUUGAGCAACAGCAGCAGGAGCAACAGAAGCAGGAGCAACAGAAGCAGGAGCAACAGAAGCAGCAACAACAGGAACAACAACAACAGAAUCCAGACGCAUCACCAGAAAAUGGCAAUGAAAGGGAAGGUUCUCCAUCUUCUUUGAAUCAUGAUGAUACACCCGCCUUUCACAAUGAACCAUCAAACUUCAAAUUACCACCAAACAGACAUGACACAUCAAACACAUCCAAUUCUGCAAUUAGCGACGAUGAUAAUGUCAGUUGUCACUCCCUUUCUGAUAUAAAACAGCACCACGGACAUGCUAUUUUACGCAAUGCAAGUAACUUGAAAUUGGAAGCUGAUGGAACAUGCGAUUUAGGGUAUAAGAUAAAGAGACACCAUCAUAAUGAAGUGAGUAAUGCCGCUAGUGUGGGUAGGAGGUGA